GGUAGCAGUACGUGUAAAAGAAACGCCGUCUCAGUUUCUUCAGCACGAGAUAAAGUGAAGCUUCCCUGUAUCGUGACGACUUCUUGUUGGCGGCAUCGGCAGCGCUGUGAAACGUACUGUGCUUGGGCUGUAAAGACUUGGAGAAAAGCUAAUGCAGGAGGAGCCGAGCCUGUUACAAGCCGCAUUCGCUCAUCUUCGUUCUAUGUCUCCAUCCAGGUACUGCAGUACCGGACUCGGUGUCGAGAGUUGGAGCAGCAGCUGGCAGCAGGAGGGGGCCCCCUUCCAGGCGGGUGGGAAGCCACAGAAGACCAGAGCCUGGAGAAAGCACUGCUUCAGGUGGAAGAGGAGCAGCAAAGGUGUGAGACUCUGGCAGAAGUGAACACUCUCCUGCGGGAACACCUCGAUGAAGCGAAUGAGGUUAAUUCAGCCCUUAAAGAAGAUGUUGGAAAACUGACGGCGGAUUGGAUGAGGGCCCGGGAGGAGCUGGAAUUGAAGGAGAGCGAGUGGCGCAGCGAACGUGAGCUUAUGACAACUACUUUAAUGGGUGAACAUAGCCGUCUACUCAGCCUAUGGCGUCAGGUGGUAACCUUCCGCCGUCAUUUCCUGGAAAUGAAGACUGCCACUGACCGAGAUCUGUCAGAGCUGAACGCAGAGCAAAUGAGGCUUUCCGGAUCUAUACUUGUAAACUGCUCCCGCCUAAACUGUGGCGUACGGCCCUGGGAAUCCGUUACGCUGGGUAGACCUGUCCUCAAGGAUCAGGCACAGCAGCAAGCAGAACAGGAAAUAAGCCAGAAGACUUGGGCAGUGAUGCACUUACAAGUCGAGGGGGACCCGGAGAAGAAGGAGCUUCAAGACAGGUCCAUGCUGCGCAGCCCUGUUGCUGUCCCUAGUCAAACUAUUGCCUUCAACAGAAAGGACAGAAAAAAACAUCUGACUGACAGAAGCUCUUCUGAGUAAGACAAGACUGGAAAAGAGAUUGCCCUGCUUGUACAGUCUCAGAAGCAGAACGAGGAGAAGGAGAAGACCAAAACACUUAACGACACUGUGGAGAUUCUAGUAUGAAGCAAGUCGGUUGAGAAAGAAUAUGAAGCUUCAUUGACUAAAAGUGCCAAAGAAGAGAAUCGUUCCCUCCAAAAGCUGAUAAAAGAUAUAACAGAAGUGGUGUUAGGUGACAGUGACAGCAUGGUCAGCAUUAUCUGCACUGACAGUUCCCAGCAUGCAGAGUCUAGCACCAUCCUGUCUUGUCUGAGCUCCGUUGAUGCAGAGCAUGCCUUUGUAUUGGUUCAGGAAGCACUGGCAAGGAGGCGAGGAGCAACACAGGCCCUAAAAGAAGAGCUUUCGCCAGGCAAGGACUCCAUCAGUUUCCUGCUGCACCAGCACAGAGCAGCAGGAGAGAAGUGCAGGAACCUGCAGCAAAGGCUUGAGCAACUGGAGGAGGAAUGCAAGACAUCCAGCAGCCACCGGCAGCACCUCCAGUCUCUGGUAGAAGCACUCAGAAGUGACUGUGCAAACCUUGAGAAAACCAGGGAAGAGCUUCGGCAACAGCUUGAACUAACGGAGCAAGAAGCCUCGCGUCUGCGUCAAAGUAACACUGAACUGCAGCUGAAGGAAGAUUCAGCCCAGGGGGAAAAGGUGGAGCAGCAAGAGAUGAUGGAGAGAGCGCGUCGUGACCGGGAGCUCCUACUGAAGGACUUAGCUGCACUUGAAGGAGAACAUUCAUCAUUACAGAGCGAGUUGGUAGUCGCAAGAGAGAUGCUGGAGGAAUCGCACCUUCAGAGGGAUCUGCUGAAGCAGGAGAAACACGAGCUUACCGUGGCACUGGAAAAGGCAGAGCAGUCAGUAGCAGAGUUGACAGGGGCUCAGAAUAAGCUGAGUGCUGAAAUAGCCGACCUACACGUUGCAGCAGCGAACAUGAGCAGUAUCAAUGAAGCUCUUGCGCUGGACAAAGUGCAGCUGAACAAACUUGUGUUGCAGCUGGAGCAAGAGCAUGACGUUCUGUCAGGUAAAGUGGACGAGAUGGAGAGAGCAAAGAUCUCUGACCAGGAGAGGCUGAACUUGUGUGAAAGAACAAACGAGGCGCUGAGCGCAGAGAAAGCCCACCUGGAGCAGCUGCUGAAGAAAGCAGAGGAGCAACAGGAGGGGCUGCAGGUAGAGCUGAGGAUGCUGGCAGAGGAGAAGGCAGAAACCCAAGAGAAACUCAAUCAGGUUCACCGCCAGCAAGAGUCAGCUAGCAGCGGUCUGGAGCAGUUGCGGCAGGAGUCCUCUCACCAAGGGCAGGCACUGGCCAACGUAUCCAAAGAGAAGGAAUUGCUGGUGCACGAGAAGGCUGCCCUAGAGGUGCGACUGGCAGCCACGGAGCGGGACAGACGAGGCCUUGCAGAGCAGCUGGCAGAGGCCAGGUCCGGGAGGGAGACCCUGGAAUCCAGCCUGUUUGAGGCUCAGCAGCGCUUAUGUCAGCUGGAGAUCGCCAGGAGUCAGCUUGAAAUCCAACUUCACACAGUCAGGCAGGCCAAGGAGGUGAUACAAGGGGAAGUGAAGUGCCUUCAACGUGAGCUGGAAGCAGAGAGAUCUCUCAUGAAGCAGGAACGGGAAAACAUGGCGCAGCAGCUCUUGCGGAGAGAAGAGCAGUAUAACGAUACCCUCAGACUUCGGGAAACUGAUCACGAAGUGGAAAUAAACAAGCUCCUGCAAGAGCUGGCAAGCGAGCGGGAAGGGCACCAUUCAGAACUGCAAGAGAUGCUGCAGAAAUGGGAAAAGGAGAAGGCAGAGACAGAAGGGGAGCACGAGAAGAAGCUGUUUGAUAUGAAUCAGAAAGUUGCUACCAUGAAAGCUCAACAAGAAGAGGAACGGACGAGAGCUGAAAAAGCCAAGCAAGAGGUCCUGCUAGAAAAGGAGAGUGAGAAGGAUGCUUUAUUAGAGACACUACUCCAAACUCAGGGAGAGUUAAGAGAAGCCUGCCAGCAGCUAGAGCAGCUCAGGCACGAGGUGAAAGAGCAGCAAGAGAAUGGGCAGAACAUCACAGAAAAGCUGCAAGCAGAGCUGCAGGAAACUCAGGGUAAGAUCAAGACAGUGGAGAAGAGGCACAAGGAAGAAAUCAAAACCCUCAAAGAGGAGAUGAAUAUCCUUCUUCAGCAGAGGGAUGCUCUACAAAAACAGGUGGAAGAGUUGACAUCUCAGCUAGCAGCCUCCGAAGAUUCCCAGCAAGUGAUUGGCCACAAAGCUCAGCAAGAUCUGAGUGAGGCUCAGGAACUGUCAAGGCAAAAGGUGCUGGAGGUUGUGCACCUCCAGAAGAUCCUGGAGGAGAAGAGUAGUCAAUGGGAGGAGGUAGAACAUCAGAACAAAGAGCUGCAAGUGCGUCUGCAGUCAUUGGAGGGGGAAAGGAGUCAAUGGGAAGAAGUGGAGCGUCAUAACACAGAAUUUCAGGCUUUGCUGAAGGUCCUAGAGGGUGAAAAAGACAGGCUGACUCUGUCUCUGGAAGAAAAAGAACUAAGCCUCAGAACCCUGGAAGAAAACAACCUUGCUCAGCACAAUGAAGUGUCUCAGCUUCUUUCUGCUAUUCACCAGGCCCAGCAGCUUCAUUCAGACCACAGAAGAGAAAUACAAGAGCUCAACAACCAGAUACAGUCACUGCAGGAAGUAGUGCUGGAGAAGGAGGCUGGCCUGGCAAUUCGAGAGAAGCAGCUGCUACAGGAUCUGGAGGAAUCCCAAGCAGGUGAACGGUGCCUGAGGGACUCUUUGCACAUGCUGGAGGCUGAGAUGUCUGAGCUGCGUUUGAGGCUUUGCAGCACAGAGAACAGAGCACAGGUAUUGGCCACAGAGUGUCAGCAGGCUAACAGUGCCCACUGUGAAGCCCAAUCCCAGCUGGACAGGCUGCACUUGGUUCUCCAGCGCGUGAUCUGUGACAGCAGAGACUUAGGCACUUGGAGUUCAGAACAGGGUCAUGUCUGGGGCCUAACUGUUUCUCAGGCCAGGGACCUUCCUGCAGAGCUCACAGUGGACAGAGUGGCAGCAGCCCUACAAGACCUGCGUCAGCACCUGAAGCAGACUCAGCAAGCUCUGAAUGAUGCGAGGAAGAAGACACAGGACUUGGAGCUGGAGCUGAGCAACAGGCAAGCUGAGAGGGACCAUUUCAGUGCCCACAAUCAAGAGCUGCAGAAACAGUUGGCUCAAAGCCAGGAAGAGACACAGAUGGCAGAACACAAGAAGAACUCUCUACAAGCUGCCUUGCAGGAAGAGGCCACUGCUCUAAAGGAGGAGGCUAUGACUCUACAUCAAGAGGUGGCAUCUUUGGAAAGGAAACUCGAGAGCACUGAGAAGCAAAGAAGGGAUGUCCUGGUGAGGCUGGCAGAUGCCAUGAAGGGCCAUUUCUUAUAUAUUUUUUGGUCUUCUGUUAAUUCUACGGAGCAGCUUUUUACAGUGGAGAGCUGUUUUUGGGUGGUCUUGUACAGUUUCAGUCGAAAUCUGAGAAUAUAUAGAGUAUGCAAAUGCUGACCAAGUUCCCCUCAU